AUCAUAAUAUUUACAUUAACUUAACAUCAAAAAAAUUAUCUCAAAUCUAUAUAAACUUUACAUAGUAGUAGAUGUGUAUUUAUAUAUCUAAAUUCAUCAGUAAUUCGAGAGACGUCGCUACUAACAUUUAAAGAAUAGCGUCCCGACGCCGUUCCGUUCAUUUCCCCCAAAGAAAAUCAAUGGAAACCCCCAUAUUACGACGACCGAAAAUUGCAUUUACCCUCGGCCGUUUUCGGCCAAAAUCAUCUGGAAAUUUAGGGGGGAAAAUAUUCCCCUUCGGAGUCAGUGUUUUACCGCUUAGCAAGCAAGCAGUUUUUUUUUCUUUUAGUUGAGAGUUUUAUUUAUUUUUGUUCAACGGGAAAUACAAACAUAACCCAGCCGUCCGAAUAAUUCAAUGCUUUCGCAUAGAGCGUGGCCUCACCGUCUAUCUCCGUCCGCCACGACAAUUUUGACUUUGGCGAGAACUCAAUCCGAAGAAUCUGGUAUUGAGCCUGGACCGAUUGCCACAAUCACUGGAUCGUUUGUUUCGUUUGGAGAUCACGUGGCUCUUGAUCAUUACGACACUGAUCAUACUGAUUUGGGUAGCGAGGCUGACGAAAAUGAAGUGAAACGAGGAUUGUUGAGAGAUCAAUGGAGACAAUUCUUCGACCAAUUCGAUCCGGAAGGCUUCGGCGAAAUACUAUGGCCAGAUUUCCUCGUUGUGAUGGACCAACAAGAGUUCAGAGACAGAGUCAACACCGGAAAACGUCAAAUAUUACUGGAAAAAUCUCGUACCGCCACUACGCCAGCAAUAACUUUCCAGGAUUUCGUCAAUGUGAUGACCGGAAAACGAUCCAGAAGCUUUAAAUGUGCCGUCCACCACAGGGACCGAGAGGUAUCGUCCGAAAACGAUUUUCAUUUGCUUUUAGUUGAACCACCAUUAUUUCGUAGGAUGGUCACUAUUGUAGCAGACGAGUUCCUUACGGACGACAGGGACAGAAAGUACUACGCAGAUCACUAUACGUGUUGUCCGCCGCCUUUGUUCAUCAUCUUGAUUACUUUAGUUGAAUUGGGAUUCUUCGUUUACUAUUCAGUCGGUACUGGCGAAUUAAAUCCAGCAGGACCGGUACCAACAGAAUCCAUAUUCAUUUACCGUCCGGACAAGAAAGUGGAAAUAUGGAGGUUUUUGUUUUAUAUGUUGCUACAUGCAGGGUGGCUUCAUUUAGGUUUCAACUUGGUAGUUCAACUCCUGGUAGGUUUACCAUUGGAAAUGGUACACGGUUCAGAUAGAGUUGCUCUGAUUUAUUUUGCGGGAGUUGUGGCCGGUUCCUUGGGUACUUCCGUUUUCGAUACGGAUGUGUAUCUAGUGGGAGCCAGCGGUGGAGUUUAUGCCCUGUUGGCAGCUCAUUUGGCCAACGUUUUGUUGAACUACAACAAUAUGCAGUGCGGGAUUUUGAGGCUGUUCGGGAUAUUUGCCGUAGCUUCUUGCGACGUAGGUUACGCAAUCUACUCUCGAUACGCGGAAGAAGCGGGGCCCCCAGUGUCCUACGUAGCUCAUCUGACCGGAGCCUUAGCAGGCCUGACCAUAGGCAUUUUAGUUCUGAAAAAUUUCGAGCAAAAGUUGCACGAACAACUCUUAUGGUGGGUGGCCUUAGGCGUUUACGCCGCUUGUACGAUUUUCGCCGUUUUGUUCAACGUUAUGAACCCGGACAUCGUUCAAACCGGAACCAAUUUGGGCGACGGUGUGAACAGUCAAUACGUUUAUAGUCGGUUCGGUGUUUGAACCGAAUAUGUAAAUAUUUUUGGGUUUAAGUCCAAAAAGAAUAAUGUGAUUUUUAGUUUUUUUUGUGUCCUGUUCAUAUUUUUUGAAUAUGAAGAUUAUGUUCAUUUUCUCUUAAGGCGGUUACACACAGGUGUGGAUGGCUUGAUACAUUGCUACAAGUGUGUAUACAAAAUUUCUACUGUUUGCACAUUCAUGUAUGUGCGUAGACAUCCAGGCCCGUGUGUAACCGCCUUUAUAUUGUAUAUAAGUUUUUUUUUUUGUAUAUACGAACACACAGUUGAGUUUAUUAUUUAUUUAUUUAAUUAAUUUAAAGUUUAUUCCAAAGACUGAAAUAGUAAGUUUGUUUAAUUUACUUUAAAUUAUUAGAAAUGUUUGUGAAUGCACCUUAAAAGUGCAUUUUGAGGAAAUUAUUAUUGUCCACAAGAGUUUUAUAAGUUCCUAUUGUUUUUGAAUACCCAAAUGGUUUUGGUAUGAAGUUCAAAUUGCAUUUUUUUUCUAUAAUAAUAAUUUCCAAUUAAGUGUAGUGUCACACUAUGCGUUUUUAACUCGUUUGCGUGUGACAGCUCUCAUUUAUUAUAAUGCAGCGGUGAAAAUGCGUGAGUGUGACACCACACUUAGUGUAUAAUUUUUUUUUUGCUCAGAUUUAAGUUAAGAUAAUUUAUAUAAAAACCCUGAGCAAAAGAGAAAUUUAUUAGUUCCUGAGUGAUAUUAUUGAACUAGUCAUAUGCCACUAGAUGUUUAAGUAAGAAAAGGAAAGUAAAGCCUACCAAAGAUUGAACUAGUUAAAAAAUAUUGCCUUGAAAAUAUAGCAAUCAUAAAUUUAUUUGAAUUAAAUUUAAUGGAAUUUUGCUAUAUUUUUACUCACUCACAGGUAUUUAUAGUAUGUAUAUCACAAAGACAAAAAUAAUAAUGUAUUUUUUUACACUCAGGUAGAAAUGGCUUCACCCAAGCAAGAUUUUUUUAUUUUAGUAGUUUUAACUUUCGCAUUUGUUCAUCAAAGUUGUAAUUUAUGUAAAAAAAAAAAAUACUGUUUUCUUACAAGUCUGAUGAAAUGUUUUCGAUUUAAAUGUUGUUUUAUUUCAAAUCCCAACAAAGUUGCUGCUGGAAAUUUGCAGGAUCUAUUGUAGAUGUAGAUGAGUUCACGUUGUUAUUCUCUUUUGGAUCAAUUUGCAAUUUUAGUAUGAUGAGCUUAAAGGUAUGAGCCUCAGAAGUUUUACUAUAAAACGACAAAAUAUGAGAGGGUGCAAUUUUUUGAUUUUUCUUUCUCACUAGGUGUAUGAAGAAAAAAUAAGAAAAUAUGAAAUUUUCAAUAUUUUUUUUUUAUGAGGGAAGAUUUUCGUAAGUUUGACGGCUGGCAAGGAAUUUUCCAUUUGAGGGAUGAUAAAGCAACCCUUGAACAAGCAUGUUUUCAAUUUGAACGUGAAACACCAUCCAGGUGUCUGAAGAAAAAAUAAGAAAAAAUGAAAUUUUCAAUAUUUUUUUUUUACGAGGGAAGAUUUUCGUAAGUUUGAUGGCUGGCAAGGAAUUGGAAUUUUCCUUUUGAGGGAUGAUAAAGCAACCCUUGAACAAGCAUAUUUUCAAAUUUGAACGUGAAACACUAUCUAGGUGCCUCAAAAAAAAAAGGAAAAUAUGAAAUUUUCAAUAAUUUUCAUACGAGGUAUGAUUUUCCUAAGUUUGACGGCUGGCAAGGAAUUUUUAAAUUUUUCUUUCUGAAAGUUGAUAUUCAAUAUUUUCUUAUGUUGGUAUUUUCCAUUAUGGAUCCAUCAGACAUUUAAGUAUGAUGAGCUUUCAACCUUCCUCUUUUCACUUCAGAAGUUUUAAAUUUUUCCUCUCACUAGUUUUUCAACAAAAAAAUCUAAAUAUAGGGGUGUGGGUCAAUUUUUUCAUUUUAUUUUUUCAAAAUUGAUAUUGAAGAUUUUCUCAUGUCAUUAUUUUCUAUUGAAUCAAUUUACAAUUUUUGUAUGAUGAGCCCCAAAUCUCUCUCUUUAUACACUAAAAGCUACCAAACUUCCCCCUAAAUGUGAGGGAAUUUUAUGAAAUAAAAUACAGGGUGGUAAAGAAACUCUUUUUUGUACCUAUCAAUGAAAAUUAUCAACAGAAACUCUUAAAUCCUUUAAACAAAUACUAUAAAUAAAACAAUCUACAAAUUCAUAAAAAUUUUUAAAAAUAACUCCUAAAAAACACAACAAAAGCGUUAACCCAAAAGGGCACUUUUCUUUGCGUAUCCGCUGGCAAUCCUUUCUCAUACAAAUUCCUACACUCCCUAUGCAUUUCCAUUUGUAGUUUUUCAUUUUCCGUAACAAUAACCAACUGAGUUUCUAAGUCUUUAGUUACAGAACGAUCUCCGAAAUUUGGAGAUCCAAUAAUUGUCAUACAAGGAUAGUUACUUUGAGGUGCAUAAUACCUACAAAAAGUAAUUGGUAAUACAUUAUUUACAAUGAAAAAAUUAGUUAUCAACUAACCAUAACCCUUUCCCAUGAUAAGUCCAGCCUUCUUUUAAAUACUCUAACAAUUUAAUCCUGUUUUGUUGCCCUUUAUAUUCGUAUUGCCUUUUAAAUUUAUGUGCUAUUAGCGAAUAAGCAUAAGGAAUCCCACCUGCAGCCCCUUUAGCACCCAAAAACCCAUUGGCUUUAGGAUGUGCCAUUAAAAUUUCACAAUUGCCUUGCGAAUUGUUUAUCAAUGUAUUCAUAUAUUGAUUGGUCAAAUUGAAAUACCCAGUGGCAAUAUUUAGUUUGCUAUUAUGAGGGGCUUCGGCUAGAAUUUUAUCUGUUAUGAUCGAGUCUUGGUUGAUCAAUAGUUGGCCCAUUUGGAUUGUUGGGAAAAUCCAUGUAUCUGUUUUAUAUUGGGAAUUAAAUCUAGUAAAUUUACAAAUGAUUACUUACCACAGCCUUGCAUUGUGGUGCACAUAUUUUGAUUUAUUGUAGUUGUUUCUAAAUAAUCUUCUAUUAAAUCUCUAGCUUUAUUAACAAACUCCUUCUUAUUGCCCUCAUAAGGGCAAUUAUUAUUAUAACUAACUUUGUUAUUUUUGUCUAUUUUUAAACUGAAACUUUGUACUUUAUUAAUCAAGCGGCAAUAGAAGUCUGUUAGUUUUUUGUCUUUGAUUAAAAAAUAUCUGUCUUGUCUAUUGGUGAAGUAAUCAUUAGACAAAUUAGCUCCACUAAUAAUUAAAGUAUCAUCAAAAAUGUAUAGUUUCAUGUGUUGAAGCCCUAUUAACUCGUUCCAACGAUUGGGCAUGUAUUUUUUUAAUAGUCCUCUUAAAGCUGGAGUAUGAUACAAAGAAAUUGUACAGUUUUUAGGAUUUUGAGACAAUAAAGGACAAAGCAUUGUGCGUGAAUUGACUUCAUCUCUGCUACCUCUUGUAUAGUCCAGUAAAACAUUAAUAAUUAGUUUAUUGUUUUGAAAUUGCUUAUUAGUGGAUAAAGCCUUGACUAAUUGCUUUUCCAGCUCACCGGUGCCCAAAUACAAACUGGCCAAGGUAAUUCUUUGAGUGGCACUUUUGCAAAGCUCCAAUAAUUCCUCGUAGAAUUGUUUUGGCUCACUAAUGAUUUUUAUAUUGUUUGAGGGGACUGGAAAACAUGGGGCCACGUUGGUGAGCCACCCAAAAUGUUGGGUGUCUUUUUUCAGAAACGGGUUGGAGUAGACUAUGGUUUCUGUGGGAUUUUGUAAGACAUUAUUCACUAGUCUUCUAAUCAUAUCUACAACGAACUGGAACAUUUUGUUUUAAAAGGUGAACUAUUGAGUGAGGAAUUUGUUGGUUACCUUGUUAAUGAGGCUGGAUUACUUGUUCAUUGUUAUUGUUUGCUCUAGGAUUAGUACAACAUUAGGAAAUUUUAUAUUUUAUUGUGCAAAAUUUUAAAAUUAAAUGAAGGUUUCUAACCUCACUUUUCAAAGUUUGUUUACAUUGAAGUUAGAGAAGGGCUUAUCGAUACUUAUAUCGAUAUGUACGUUUUCGAUGAUGAUGCAUGACAAGGAUUAUAAGGAUAGCUUACCUUCGUUAAGCCUGUGUAGCUCAAAUCUCAAGUGCCCCACCAUGCCAAAGCAACAGUGAUGACGUAGGCAGCUUGUCGUUUUUCGUUAAAGGUUGCCUGGUAAUGGGUAACCUUAUGACGCGUCUGGGGUGCCUUGUGGAGAUUUGUAUUAUGUUGAGGCACCCCAGAUGACGUUAUAAAGUUAUCAGGUAACCUACAACCUUGGUUUUUUGCCUUGUUUUUUCAUCAUAAAUUUAAAUUCUAAAUGACGACCGCUGGCUCAAACAGCUGACGACUUAGUUAAUGACGUCAGCAAUGGUGCUACACCAAUAUGGCCCAAUAAAGUAGUUAAGAGGUUGGAAUAGCCCCUUUGCCUAUCUACUCGAUGCAUAUAUUUGCGGCCAACAUUAGAGUGAGAGAACAGGAGAGAUCCAUGAGAUUUUCUUGCCCCUACUAGUGCUAUCUCACUCAGGGUUAGAGUGAGAGAUAUGGGAGAUCCAAUAGAUUUUUUGCCCUUACUAGCGCUAUCUCAUGCUGGAAUCAAUUGCAUGACGCAAAGCUCAUUCCAAACCUCCAUUCUAUUUCAUUGAUAUGGCCGUAAUUACCAAAAACAAGGCCGAAGCACUGGUAAUAUAGGAUUUUUAUACGCUAUAUUUUGAAUGACGUCACAUUUAGUAAAUUUCUGCUGCCAACCUUUACAAAACUAAAAGAACUUUUCAAUACAUUUAAAAUAGGGGAAUUUCAGAUAUUUUUGGUUGGCAACGGCACACGACAUUGCAUGACUUGUUUAAAUAUUUUUAUUUCGUUAUUUUUAGCUCUCGUCAGAAUUAUUGACACACGCAAUUCUAGUAAAUUAUAAGCGAUCGGUAUUUUGAUCUGAAUUCUUUGAGCUUGAAUUUCCGUUCGUUUAUUUAAAAAGUGUAUUCGGUGCAGGCUCAUUCGCGUUCAUUUAUUAAAAUUUCUGGCACUGGUGAUACCAAGGAGAAUACACAUUCUAUCUAAGGAGUGCUUAUCGGCCUCGUUUUUGGUAAUCGCGCCAUAUUGGUUUUCAACCAUUGCCGACGUCAUAACAUUUUUCAAGCCCCCCACCGACCACCAUGCCAAAAUACCAGUGAUGACGUAGCAGCAUGUCCUUUCUUGCCUUGACGUAUUGGUUGAAUGGGGACAUUCACCAUAUUUGAAUUUCAUUGUUUUAUUAUUUUUAGGCACAGUUGUACAAUCCUGAUUCAAAACAGAGUUCAGCUAAACUUGAGUGGUAGUAGUGGUACUUGAACUUUCCCAUUUGAAAUGCAUUGCUGUCAUAUAUUUUAAAUGGGAAAGCUUAAGUACCAGUCGAGUUCAGUUGAACUUUAUUUUGAACCGAGAUUGUACAACUGGGCCUUAAUCAGUUGUAUUAAGCAAAAUAAAAAUACCCUUGCUUCCAGUUGGGUUAAAAAUGUUCUAAUUUUUGGUAAAAUAAUUUUCAAAAAUGCUGUUUUCAUCCCACAUAUUUAAACGUACUGAAAUAGCGCCAUUGUAUGACGUAAUAAUACUUUAAUUUUAUAACUGUAGUCCAAAAUAUACAACAAAAAACUAUAUAAUGCAAGGAUAAAAACGAGGUUUCUAAAGGCAAUCUUGGAAAUCAACAAUGAUAACGACAAUCUGACAACGUACUUAUUUGCAGUAUGUUUUUGCUAAAAUGAGCGUGCGGGAAAUGGCUAUUCCCACACGAUCUGCUGUGCGGGAAGAGUUUGAAAUAAUCAUUGUGACAUAGAAUUGUUUGUAUUGUUAAUACACCUAUACCUACCUGUACCUUUACCUUUUUAUAAAUACCUUUUAAUACAUUUUUAAUUCUACCUUCUGCAUAAUCGCAUUUUAAUUAAAU